AGUCAACGCUCAGCGUUAACGUGAAGUCAGUUUGUGUUCACUGCUGUAGUAAGGAUAUGUGUUAAACACACAUGGAGCUUCAAAUAUUCAGCAUCAGGGUGUCAGGGUGAAUUUCCCCCAUCUGUACAGUUUAAAGGGAUCACUGCCACCUCAAAGUUCAAAGAAAAUUUAUUAUCAGAGUAUACUUUCAGAUUCAUUUUCUUAUGGGCAUUUACCGGAAAAAAUAUGGUAGAAUUUAUGAAAAACUCUACCUAAGCAGGCAAAGACUGACAAAUAACCGAUGUGCAAAGGAAGACAAACUGCAAAUACAAAUCACACCGGGAACACGAGCUGCGGGCUGGUUGUUGAUUUCUUCUGGCUGCUGCGUUGACUGAGGAAAAGUUCCCAGACCUUGAAAUUAGUGAAGCCUACAAGGUGGACUUUGCCUUAACGUUGACUUCUGCAUUUCUAGUUGAACAUGGAUGCUGUGGAAGAGAGUACCGUACAGCGGGGAGAAUGAAGGUGCCAGGUGCGCACCUGAAUCCAGCUAUUUCGCUGUCAAUGUGCGUGCUGGGGCGGCUUCGCUGGCUGAGGCUUCCUGUCUACUGCAUUGCUCAGCUCGUUGGAGCUUUCACUGGUUCAGCAGCAGUGUUUGGUCUUUAUUAUGAUGCCUUCAUGACAUUUAAUGGCGGAAACUUGACAAUAACUGGUCAAAAUGCAACAGCACAGAUUUUCUCUUCUUAUCCGGCUCCACAUCUGUCUUUUGUAAAUGGAUUUGCAGACCAGCUUAUAGGAACAGCUGCACUGCUCUUCUCCAUUUUGGCCAUCUUGGACUCCAAAAAUGAUCGUGUUCCCAAAGGUCUUGAGCCAAUAGUGAUUGGUCUCAUCCUUUUGGUUCUCGGUCUUUCAAUGGGCUUCAACUGCGGCGGUUCCAUAAAUCCAGCCCGUGACCUGGGACCACGGCUCUUCACUGCUGUGGCUGGAUGGGGAUUUGAGGUUUUCAGAGCCGGCGAUGGCUGGUGGUGGGUUCCUGUCGUGGCACCUUUGAUCGGCGGCGUCCUGGGCAGUUCCAUUUACGUUCUCUUCAUUGAACUUCAUCAUCAAGAGACAGUCUUAGAAGAGGUCUGCUGUACCAAAGACAAAACAACUGAUGAGAAUGCAAAAUACGAAAUGAUUUCUGUCCUGCGUUACAAAUAACACAAAAGAGCCAAAAGUCUGAUUUGAAUUCUGGACCCAUGAAGAGAAUAUAAAUUUUUUAAAAAAAUUAUUAUUAUUUUCCCUGAAAAAUGAGUUGUGAGAUGAUGGCUAUAAUUUUAUUGAUGGAGGAUUGUUUAACAAUUAUGCAAAUAAUUUUAUUUUCUGCAAUUAAGAGACUGUUUAAUAUCCAUAGAGAGAACAGAGAUCAGUACAAUCUCCAAUUUCAUUUACAAGUGUGUAACAAAGUCUAGGAUAAUAUGUGGAUAAUAUUUGAUAUAUAAGCACUAUAUAGGUUAUAGGCACCAUUAAUUUUAUCAAUCUUAAUCAGCUGAUUUCACAGGUUCAUGCUGUACAUUAUGAGACCCUGUCCGAUUUACCCAGCUUAUGUCACUCAUACACAUUUAUUUAUGUAUUUCAGUAUGUAGUUUGCACUUAGACUGAUGUCAAGUUGAUAAUUAACAUUAUUCUGGAAGUCACACCACCACACAAAAAUAUAGCAAGCCAAUGACCUUAUUGAAGAAUGUGUAAUACAAAGGUACUUAAGGAGAUGCCAUGUAUUAGAAAGAUUAAUUUACGUUUAUUUCAUGUACUAAUGAGGUCUUUAAAUUGAUUUUUUCAAAUUUCACUUAAAGAUUGAUAUUUAUAUCUCCACAAGCCAAUGCCAAAAUGUUUUUCUAGAACUUGCUCCACAGAAUAACUAGUACAAAAUAUGUAUUUGAAUAAAAAUUGUAUCAAAAAAUAAAUGUUUUCAGCU